ACACCUCCUCCUCCAAUUCACAGCUUCACAUCACACCUCGUCUCCUUCCCCACUUCUCUCCUCCUCCUCCGCUUCUAGGGUUUAGGGUUUUUGCCGGCCACCAUGCGCCACCUCGCCCGCCUCCUCAACAACCGCAUCCUCCUCCCCGCCUCCUCCUCACCCGCGGCCGCCUUCUCCAAGCGUACCUACGCCCGCCGCACCAAGCCGGCUCCGCCGACCGCCGAUGCGGCCGCCCCCGCCGCGGUGGAGGGGGAGGGGGAGGAGGAGAGGGGGCCGGGCUGGCAGAGGGAGAAGCUCCCCGCCGAGAUCCCCCGGCCGUCCACCAUCGCGUUCCAGCCGCGCGUCGCCAACGCCGUGCGCCUCGUCGGCACCGUCGGCGCGCCCGUGCAGCUGCAGCGGUUGCCCGACGGCCGGUUCUCCGCCGUCUCGGUGCUCGUGCAGGACCGCCACGCUGAUUACCCCAAGUUCUGGAUUCCCAUAAUAUUCCAAGAUGACUUGGCACAAGUUGCCGCGUCUCACUUGCAAGAGAAGGACCAUAUAUAUGUGUCUGGGCAACUAACUGGAGAUAUCCCACCGACCAAACUUAUGGAUGGCCAAGCAAACAUUCAGGUUUUAGCCCAAAUGCUAUCAUUUGUUGGUGGUAAAGCAGUUCAAGCAGAUAGCAUGGUGGAUGAAGAGGAGGGAUUUAUGCAGAUUGUUGAGGCUGAAAAGAAAGUUGAAACUAAAAAAUUCAUCCCUAAAUAUCCACCACGCACAGUUUCAGGUUACAGAAACAAGGAUAAGCUAAACAAACUCUGGAAUGAUGUUGUGGCUAAUCCUCAAGACUGGACUGAUAACCGACCUCAGAAGAAAAAUGGAUCUAUAAAUGCGAAGUAUCCUGACUUCAAAAACAAUGUAUCAAAAGAGGCACUUUGGCUUGACACUGCACCAAAAGCAGUGCUGGAAAAGUUGGAUGAUUUAGUAUUCAGUAGUGAUUUCAGUGCUGCAAAAAAAUACAGGCCUUUUGGUGGUGACAAGGGCAAUGGUACAAACUGGGCAAAGAAGAGUCAAGAUUCUUCUUCUAUCUCAAAACAAAAACAAGGGGAGUUGUGGCAAGAUCUGGUGGACAAUCCUGGAAAAUGGUGGGAUAACCGAUCAGAUAAGCCUUCAAUAAAAUAUCCUGAUUUCAAGCACAAGGAAAAUGGCACGCCUCUGUGGAUUGGAUCCCAGACACCUAAAUGGGCUAUAGAUGCGCUUCCACCGGCAAAACCAUCCAAGGCACCUUUUAAGCAAGAGACCUUCCUCUCAUGAUUUGUAAGAGAUCUGAUCAGUGAAUCAGGAAUGAUCUUAUCAUUGGAAAUGGACGGCAUCGACAACCCUGAUGUUCAUCUUAGCACUUACUGCAAAGAAGAUCUCUGCUACUACCUCUUAGAUGCUGGUAAUGAUGGUCUCUGUUACUGUACUGGAAAUCAGACAACCAAGUCCGGUGCUCUACUUGUAGUAGUAUCAUUGGUCACCUUAGUAGCUAACCGUCGCUGGAGUUCUUAACAUUCCAUUGGAGAGCGAAGCUCGAGGGGUGAUGCAUCAAAAUGUCGCUGUUGGAUGACCCGCCAAGCAAGGCUAUACAUGGCCCGUAUGAGAUGUCAACUUCUAAAGACAGAAGUGUAGUUAUCAAGUGCAACCAUCACUGAUUGGUGUGCGAACAUCUUAUCUCUGGAGAUGACCCAUUAUUCUCAGGACAAUCACACCAAAGAAGUGGAGAAGAGCCCUGGCCCCUAAGAGGAGUAGAUGCUACCACUCCCAGUUGAAGAGUAUCUUGAAAAGACAAGACCCAAAAUGCAGCCCCCUCCGUUGCUUUCCAAGGCCCUUUCGGAGGCUACAGGCCCCCACCCCCCACCCACUCACACAACACAACUGCUUGUGUCCCCUUAGUGCAGCCGUUGACCCAAAGGCCCUUCUUCCUCCCCUCCAUUCCCAUCAUUGGCUCAUUGCUUAUCAAAACCUCUCAUCCAUCCAAACCUCACCUCCAAAUGCUUGUAUCUUCGCUGGGACACCUCCACUUUUCAUCCCUUAAAUGGUCUCUCUCCCUCUCCCAUGGUGUGUGUGUGUGAUGAGCUUUGCUUUGCUGCUCCUUUUUGAAGGAUUCCAGUGUCUAAUCCAUAUCUUCGCCGAUAGAUGCACAAUCCUUUCUUUUUGGGGGGAAUGCAGCAUUGGUGCUUCAACUUUAGUGAGUUUGCAAAUCAAAACGUUCACUUUGGAGUGUCACUAUAAUUCCUUGAUGUUAUGAUUUCGAUAUCUUGGCGAUAUUUGGUGUGAUUAGGUUAUAAUUGCACAGAUUCAGUAAUCUUUUAAAGGAAAAGGAAGUCCUUGAAACCGUCUUACUAAAAGCCAAAGGGAGUGGUCCACGCCGACUUGUUAUCAUAGGAUUAUAACAUUGAUGUUGAUUAGUCAUAGAUCCACAUUUAUCAAUUUU